GUGACUCACCCUACAGGCAAGCGCUGUUUUUCGAAAAUGCAUCUCUGUUUGCCCUUCACGUUUCUGCUUUUCCUGUUGAAUUGGCCUAUUAAGGCGAUGACUGGAGAAGUUCCAACUGGCAUUAUCGAGACAGAAUGCAGGGAUCGAUACCUUGAGGUAAACGUUCGUCUGGACAAUGCCAUGUCGGAACCACGCUUUGAGGCCAUCGGUUCCUCUGGUCUCCACCCACUGACAAAAGAAUAUGGGGCCAUGUGUGGAUAUUAUACUGCGAUGUUCCGUGACACGAAAAUUGCUGAAAUGAGGGCGUCUUAUUUCGCUUGCCAUACCAAACAGGACAGCGAUGGAUUCACAUUUAACUUAUUGAUCAUGAUUGGUGAGGAGAUGACUUAUACCGUGUCCAAGACCUGCACUUUGCCACUGCCACUGUCUCCAAGAGAGGUCAUCUGUGAGCUGGAUUAUAUGGAGGUAAUCACGGACAGCACAGUUCCCUAUCCCAUCAGCGAAGGUGGAGUUGAGCAUCAAAGCUGGGAUUCUCUCUUCUCAACUGUGCACUCUCUGGCCUCCCCUGAUUGGCAGCUGAUGUUUCUGAAGGAGGGGCAGCAGUCGCCGCCGCUCUCCCUCACCAAGGCCCGCCAGUUGGGCUACCGCCUCCACUUCGCCCCUGGCCGCGUGGUGCUCCGCACGCCUUACAAUGGACCUUUGUCUCUUCUCACCACGGUGGAUGGGGUUCCUGUGGAGGUUGUCCAUGCUGUCCUUUUCUCUAGGCAGAGAUGGAGUGCGGUCAUCUUUGACCUGGUGGCUGUGUGUAGUGCAGAUCAAGGAUCUUUCGAUGGAACCAAGCUCAAAUGGCAGGUUCCUGCCGUGACCCUCCCCUUGUCCGGGCACGCUGGCCUCGUCAGCGAGGACAUCCACGUGGGGGUGAAGGGCAGGCUGCUGGAUCCCCAGGUCGCCGCUGAGUGGGGCUACAACCUCACCUUCGACGGGGACAGGGUGAACAUCAGCAUCCCCUUUGGUGCCGCCGGUGGUCAGAAACAUAGCUUUGUGGCUCAGAACACCUACUUGGAGAUCUACUCGAUUUAUUUGUACUAUAAAGGCGUGUUCAUGGACAGCAUCCACACUGAAAGCAGACACUGGUAUACCAAGCUCCUGAUGACUCCGUUGCUGCCUCACGUGCCCUUCACUGUAAACCGGACCAUCCUUGAGGAGAGGAGUUUCACCGUUUACCUGAGGAACAUUCCCCUUGACGUGGUGCUGACCACUGUGAACAUAAAUGAUCACCAAUUCGCUGCUGGCAUGGCAACUGAUAGCGAGUUCACCAUUGUGGAGGUUCCUCAUGACAACCGUACCCAUGGAUACGUCCUCAAGGUUCCUUUUGAGGAUCCCAUUGUCAGAAAAUGGUAUUUUAGGGAGGGAGUUCUGAAGUACUUGCUGAAUGUGAACUUCACCCUGAACAUUAUGAAUCAAGAGGAUUACUAUUUUCACCAGGCCUCGUUUGAAGCUAGGAUCCAUGAUGUGUACCCUCCCUCCUUCGAUGGACAGUGCAUGGACCAUGGAAUAGUUUUUAAGCUUCUUCAUAACGAGUUUGACUUCAUGUGGAAUGUCACCAUUGGCGAACAUCCUCUCACAGAGCAGUUUGCUGCAAUGCAGGGGUACCAUAUGGUCAACGACAGCCAGGGGGUUGUUCUGGAUGUCCCCCUCUUCACCCCAGGAUAUGUGUAUGAAGGUAUCAGCCUGGAGCGUUUCUUUGGCAGUUUUGAAAUCCUCUCCAAAGACGCAAGAACACGGGAGAUCCAGAAGUAUUCGGCCAAACGCUGUCCCUUCCAAACCACUGAGCUUAUCGUAUGUUCUCCGAGAGGGGUGAUGAUCGUGGCGGUUGAUGUACAGAAGUCUACUCCUCAAGCUGUUCCUCAAAGGACCACCCUGUUAGACCCCUUGUGCACGCCCAAAGAAACUGACGACAGCAGGGUUCUGUUUGAAUUCCAGCUCUCAACAUGUGGAACUGUUCACAAGGUGAAGGACGGUAUGGUGACAUUUGAAAACAUGAUCCUGUUUGAGCCAGAGCACAUUCCCAGCACUAAGCCAGUCAUCACAAGGGACACCACCUUUGAGCUUGCCAUCAGGUGCUCCUACCCAGUGACUGAAGUAAACAUGGACUCGUCCUUUAAAUCCACCAUUCCUGGCUUUGGCUCGUGGGGUGAAGCAAGGAAUGUUGUGAAGGCUAUGGAGAUCCCCUUGGAGCCUGUGCCUUCAGAUGUGUAGGAGGUCCACCGACCACCAGGCUAGCACCUCAAACUGGAGCUGCACGGACGGAAGAGGACGGUCUCUAAAUGGCAUCUCGUAGCAGAGUGUCAAAAUCCAUUUUGUGUUCGACAAGUUGGCAUUUUUUUUGUUUAAGUACAUAACAUUUUAUUUGGCUAAUUGUCGUUAUUUUGUACCUCAUGGUUGUGUGCUUGCUUGCACGCUUCUGACGUCUAAAGCGUCUGAGAUGAAAUGGACGUUGUCCAAGUAUUAAGUGAAAAUUAAUUAACAUGACAAAAAAUGGAUGAGACCAAGUCGUUUCCUCCCGACAGCAACAAUGGGUACCUGACCUGUCCAUAAAUGCAAUCUCUGCUCUUUAUGUAUUGAGUUACAUGUUGCACAAAUGGAGAUUGUAGGGUGACCUGUGUGGGUGGAUGUUCUGUCACUACUGUGAAAUAAAAAAAAAUCAAGUCAA